UUCUGGUUUUAAAGCAAAAAAUAUAGUUUGUGUUGAGUAAACUUAACUGAUAGAAAUUGUGAAUACAUAUUUAUUAAAUUUUGUAGUAUUAAUUUGGUAAAAUGGUUCAUAAAUCUAACAAAAUGUAUGUCUACAAACGAGACGGCCGCAAAGAAGAGGUCCAUCUGGACAAAAUUACUUCACGAAUUCAAAAGCUUUGCUAUGGACUCAACAUGGAUUUCGUCGAUCCGGUCGCAAUUACACUGAAAGUAAUCAACGGACUGUACUCUGGAGUAACUACACAGGAACUGGAUAAUUUGGCUGCGGAAACUGCAGCCACGUUGACAACGGAACAUGCUGAUUAUGCUAUCCUGGCCGCUCGCCUUGCUGUGUCAAAUCUACACAAAGAAACGAAAAAACACUUCUCCGAUGUCAUGCAUGAUCUGUAUACGAUGGAGAACGAAUAUCUGAAGCAAAAAACACCAAUGAUCUCGGAUUUUCACUACAAGGUGAUCACAGAGAAUGCCGACCGACUGAAUUCAGCCAUUAUCUAUGAUCGAGACUUUGGAUACAAUUAUUUCGGCUUCAAGACGCUAGAACGGUCCUAUUUAUUAAAGAUCAAAGGUAAAAUUGCCGAAAGACCCCAGCACAUGUUGAUGCGGGUAGCGAUCGGAAUUCACGGCGAAGACAUCGAUGCUGCCAUCGAGACGUAUAAUCUGCUUUCGGAACGCUACUUCACGCAUGCUUCACCGACUAUGUUUGCAGCAGCAACCCGUCGGCCGCAGUUGUCCUCGUGUUUUCUGCUAACAAUGAGCGAUGAUAGCAUUGAGGGCAUUUACGACACUUUGAAACAAUGUGCACUGAUCUCUAAGUCAGCCGGUGGGGUUGGUCUAAACGUGCACUGCAUUCGAGCGAAGGGCACGUAUAUCGCGGGCACCAACGGCAUCUCUAAUGGACUAAUUCCGAUGCUGAGGGUCUAUAAUAAUACGGCCAAAUACGUUGACCAAGGCGGCAAUAAGCGACCGGGGGCGUUUGCUAUCUAUUUGGAGCCAUGGCAUGGAGAUAUUUUCGAAUUUCUUGAUCUGAAGAAAAACACAGGCGCGGAAGACGUGCGAGCAAGAGACAUGUUCUACGCGUUGUGGAUUCCUGAUUUGUUCAUGAAGCGAGUGGAAGCUAACGAGGAUUGGAGUCUAAUGUGUCCGCAUGAUUGCCCAGGGCUUCCUGAAACAUGGGGAGCAGAGUUUGAGAAACUGUAUACAAAAUACGAGCAAGAGGGGCGUUUUAUCCGAAAGGUGAAAGCACAAGAUUUGUGGUUUGCGAUAAUUGAAUCGCAAGUUGAAACUGGAGUACCAUAUAUGCUUUACAAAGACGCUUGCAAUCGUAAAAGCAACCAGCAAAACAUUGGUACUAUCAAGUGCUCUAACCUAUGCACGGAAAUUGUAGAAUACUCCUCAAAGGAUGAGAUAGCUGUGUGUAACCUUGCUUCGAUAGCGUUGAACAUGUUUGUUAAGCCGGACAAGACCUAUGACUUCCAGAAAUUAAAAGAAGUUUCCAAAAUCGUUACUAGAAAUCUUAACAAAAUUAUUGACAUUAAUUUUUACCCAGUCCCGGAGACUAAGAGAUCGAACAUGCGUCAUCGACCGAUUGGAAUCGGUGUACAAGGAUUGGCAGAUGCAUUCAUUUUGAUGCGUUAUCCUUAUGAUAGUGAAGAUGCACAGUUGUUAAAUCAGCAGAUUUUCGAAACUAUCUAUUACGGUGCUCUAGAGGCUAGUUGUGAGCUUGCUGAAAAGGAAGGAACCUACGAAACGUACAGCGGAUGCCCUGUCAGCAAAGGAAUAUUGCAGUAUGACAUGUGGAACAAAGAGCCAACUAACUUGUGGGAUUGGGCAGCCCUGAAAGAGAAAAUCGCUAAGCACGGUGUGCGCAAUUCACUGCUUCUGGCCCCAAUGCCCACGGCUUCGACUGCACAAAUUCUCGGCAAUAAUGAAUCGUUUGAACCGUAUACUUCGAACAUAUACAAUCGACGUGUACUCUCUGGAGAAUUCCAGAUUGUCAACCACCAUCUUUUGAAGGAUCUUACCGAGCUGGACUUGUGGGAUGAAGACAUGAAGAAUAAUAUAAUUGCCAACAAUGGAUCAAUUCAGAAUAUCGAAGAAAUUCCAAAGAACAUUCGUGAUCUCUAUAAAACUGUGUGGGAAAUUUCAGUCAAAACCAGCAUUAAAAUGGCUGCUGACCGUGGUGCCUUCAUUGAUCAGUCACAAUCAUUUAAUAUUCACGUUGCAGAGCCGAACUACGGAAAGCUGACCUCAAUUCACUUUUACGGUUGGAAAAUGGGAUUGAAAACGGGAAUGUACUAUUUGCGUACUAAACCAGCAGCCAAUGCCAUUCAGUUCACCGUCGAUAAAAGUAAACUCUCCGAAGUAAAUCGCUUAAAUAGCAGUAGUACGGCCGGAUCUGCCAAUUCUUCUUUCGUUUCAAAGACGAACGGAACCAGCAGCACUUCAAAUCAGAACAACGAGGACGCUUCAUCCUCCUCGCCGAGUAGCUCUUCGCAGACGAACGGUACAUUAGCCGACCGUAACCGUCGAAUGGCUGAGAUGGUUUGUUCACUGGAGAAUAAGGACGAUUGUAUGAUGUGUGGGUCGUAGAUCAUCGAAAUCGAAAGAUAUUUCUCACAAAGAGUAAAAGCUAUCGUUGGCCUUCCCGGCAGAUACUUAAUGUAGUAAUGGGCCACACUCAUAAACUUUUUUUUUGUACUUACACGGGGUGAUCUAUGUUUAGCACUUAAUCAAUUAUGUAUGUUAGACUAAUUUUUGUCACCUUAGUUCGCCUAGAAAUAAAA